CCGCGUGACUACGUUAGCAAGAUGGCUGCGCACAAGGGAAAGCAUGGUGUUAAGCGACGGGAUACCCCAUUGGGGUCAGCACGGCAGGAUUUGGACAACAAGCUUAAAUCCGUGCUAGAGAGCCGCGGCAAUGCUAACAAUGUCUUCGAUAUCUUGGAGUAUCUGGAGUCCGACAAGGAAGAAGAAGUUCAAGCUGCAAUCCGUACCUGCUCUAAACUCUUUGGUGCUUUGCUGGAAAAGAGGGAUCUUCAUGUUGGGAGCCUUCCCGCAGAAGACGAAAGCCUGCCUGACACCUUCAGUGCAGAAGACAAGUACAAGAUAUGGAUGAGGCACCGUUACAGAAGCUGUGUGAACUGUCUUGUGGGGCUCAUGCACCAAUUUUCUUUUCAAGUGCAGGAGCUGGCACUUUGCACGCUGAUGAAGUUUGUUCAGCUGGAAGGAAAGUUCCCUCUGGAAGAUGCCAAAUGGAAAGCGGCGUCCAUCUUUCCCAGAGACCUCUUAAGAUAUGUGGUAAACGGUCUGCUGCACGAGGAGGCUGAUGCCACCAAACUGAUCUCCAGAUUUCAAGAGUACCUGGAAUAUGACGACAUCCGCUAUCACACCAUGACUCUGAUCAACGACAGCAUUGCACGGGUGCACUCAAAAUCCAAAGAGUCUGUGCUCCCAGUUUUCCAAAACAAUUUAUUUUGCCUGAUCUCAUCCAUUAAUAUGCCAAUGGAGGAGAGCGCAUUGUCCAAUUUCCUAGUAGCAGAGAAAGAAAAGCAGGAUGACUGGAAGCUAGCUAAACUAAAGGAACAUAAAAAGGUUUUUGAGAAAGUGUGGAUGCACUUCUUGAAGUACAGACUUCCAGUUGGUCUUUAUAAGAAGGUUCUUAUGAUCUUGCAUGAGUCCAUUUUGCCUCACAUGACCAAACCCACCCUGAUGAUAGACUUUCUGACAGCUGCGUAUGAUGUUGGUGGAGCCAUUAGUCUUCUUGCUUUAAAUGGACUGUUUGUUCUGAUACAUCAGCAUAAUCUAGAAUACCCAGAUUUUUACAAAAAGCUUUACUCUCUCCUGGACCCCUCUGUGUUUCAUGUGAAAUAUCGAGCACGUUUCUUCCAUUUGGCUGACUUGUUCUUGUCAUCCACGCAUUUACCUGUGUACCUAGUUGCUGCUUUUGCAAAACGCCUGGCUCGUCUCUCACUCACAGCUCCCCCCCAAGUGCUUCUAAUGAUCAUUCCAUUCAUCUGUAACUUAAUAAGAAGGCAUCCAGCUUGCCGGCCUCUUCUCCACCGUCCGUCCUUUGAGGGAGAGCUGACAUCUGAUCCAUAUAUCAUGGAGGAGCAAGAUCCAGCAAAAAGUCAUGCCUUGGAAAGCUCUCUGUGGGAGCUGGAGACGCUUCAGAAACACUACCAUCCAGAUGUUGUGAGGGCAGCUAAUGUGAUCUUCCGUGCCCUCUCUACGCAAGAAGCGGAUAUCUCAGAUCUGUUAGAGCUGUCUUCGUACGAGCUAUUUCAGAAAGAAGUAAAGAAGAAAUUUAAGGCUGUGCCUCUGGAAUUUGAACCUGUUCGAGGAAUUCUUGGCAAGAAACGCGACAUUACCACUGAACAUUUUGCAUUUUAACAGUUUUUUCGAGCAAAAAAAUGUAUUCAAGAAUUUAUGGAAUGUUCAUAUAUACAGCAGCUGUCUGAUCUGAAUAAAUUAUAGAUUCAUGA